AAUAGUAGUUUUACUCAUUCGUAUUAUGGAGUCGUAAAAAUGAAAUUAAACCAAAUAUUGGAUAGUUAUAUGUUAAAUAAAAAUAUAUUUAAAUAAUAUUCUAUAAUAUUUAUUAAUAAAUUUUUAAGUUAAAUUUUUUUUUAUAAAAAAAACAUAACUUUUAUCUAAUAAAUACGACAGUAAAAAUAAACCGAAAAAUGGUGAAAUUAAUAAUUUAUACUUGUUUAUUGUCAUUAUGUCUUAUUUCUUUUGGAAUAUAUAUUUUGGGAGUUGCACAUUAUGUCACUGACCUGGAAGAGAAUACAUGUGACAUGACUUAUAUGUUUGAAUAUCCUCAAUACGUGAGAAUAAAAUUGGAUAAUGACAUUGAGAGGGAAUUUAAUAAAUUUUCUCUGUAUGCUUAUGGCGAAGGCCAUGCGACUGAAAAAUUACGACGAAUGAAAUUUUCAGGUAUUCCUGUUCUAUUUAUUCCCGGCAAUGCCGGUUCACAUGAGCAAGUAAGAUCAAUAGCUUCCGUAAGCUUAAGAAUGAGCUUGAAACGAAGAACUCCAUUUCAUUUUGACUAUUUUACAAUAUCUUUUUCUAAAGGUCUAUCAGCUCUCUAUGGAGGUAUUUUAGAACAGCAAAAAUCAUUUACAAGACAUUGUAUUGACAAAAUAUUUACUCUCUAUGACCAUAAAGUCGACCAAGUCGUACUAAUUGGUCACUCAAUGGGCGGAAUAAUAGCCAAGUCUGUUUUACUCCAUGACAAAACAAAUUCUAGUCUAGCCAGUAUUCUCAUAACUCUCGCGAGUCCUCACACACCAAAUAUCGCAUUCGAUAAAACAUUUAUCGAUUUUUAUCACCGGAUAAAUAGCAGAGCAAAGCGCAUUAAAGAUAUGGGUACCAGUGUGGUGUCAAUCGGUGGAGGACCACGAGAUCUUCAAGUCACUUCAUCCCAAAUAAUUGAUCCGCUCGCUGAUCUCAAUGUUUUGACUACAGCAAUACCAAAUGUAUGGAGAUCCCAGGAUCAUUUGUCUAUUUUAUGGUGCAAGCAACUAAUUAUCGUAUUAGUUCGCGGUCUAUUUGAUUGCGUAGAUGCCACCGAUCGUGUUCCCAGAAUAACUUCAGACCCCGAUGUUAAAUCACGCGCAUUCAGUUAUCACUUGUCCAGUCGUUUCGCGGACAAACAUUUUGGUAAUUAUGAAAAAAUAACGAAUUUUGAGUCUGGUAAAUGGAUCGAAGUAACUUCUCCCCACUAUACUUAUACCAGUAACGAUAAUAGACAAUCUAAAGGACGACAGAGUAAUAAAAUAACUUAUUUAAUUAUUCCAAUUGAUCUUGAAUCAGCUUACAGUUAUAUCAGUUUUGAUGCCAUUAAUUUAGAAAUAUCAGACUGGAUUUUCGUAUGCUCAGCAUCAGUUGAAAAUUCAAAUAAAAAAUGUAAGUCAGGAUUAAAUCUUACAAAUUUAACAAGACUGUCACCGGAUUAUUUAUUUCAGCAGCGAAAAACAGUCGAUAUUAAAUUUGCCGACAUCAUUUCUUUAUCUGAAGUAACGCAUUUUGUUGUAAAGAUUUCAAAUGAUGCUGAAAAAAAUACACCAGUAGUUGUGCACAUCGAUAAGUAUUAUCAUGAAUCAAGAAACACGCACAUUGAUGCUACGGGUGUUUACUGGCUGCCUUCGCCAGUAAAAACGAUAUUUACUGGCUACAAAUACUCAGUAAUAAAUAUUGAACCCGGAAGCUUGCGGUAUCAUGUAGACGUCAGUGGUGUUGAUGACGGAGUUAGUUUUUUACUUGAAUCAAUCACUGAUGGAGAAAAUAAUAACAUGCCUGGAUAUGUGGUAAUCGAAAUGCAAGAGUCCUGCAAUUCAUCAAACUCCGUUAUCAUUCAGUUUUUUACGUUGACUGAAAAAAAUAUCGCCCGGUCUCAGAUACUCCGCAUGCAAACGAACGGCGACUAUAAGAAGCCAGACAGUACUGUCAAGAUUAUUUUAAGUUUUGACCCAAAAUUUUCAUACAAAAUUGUAGUACAGCGAGCAGGAUUGAUAGACAGGGCUGCUAAUUUUGCACGAGAUCGGUGGUUCCGACUUUAUCCAACGGCAAUAGGUUUAUUGCUACUGAUAAUUGCUACCAGAAUGGAUAAUACUAAACAUAAAGAACUUGUAACUAUUGGAUUUACUAGUAUUGUUGUCAUUUAUUCGGGAAUUUACUUUGAGAUUUUUAUAACAAUGGGAUUGUUAUUGGUGUUGUCUGUUGCUACGUGUUGCGCUGUUGUUUUUUCUGGCUCGAUGGUUCAUAAUGUGACAGCCAGAUUUUUAGCUAGAGCACUAGCUCGAUUUCCCGCCGCGUGGUAUAGCUGGUUACUGCGCCAGGGCUUAGACCACUUGCCUUUUAUUGCAAGUUUAAUUCUCUUCAUUAUAAUAUCAAGUAGUUGUGCAGCAGUGGCUAUGUUACUUUCAGUAGUAAUAUAUUUUUUAAAAUUAACAAGAAUGUACGAAGAUUACUUGGAAGAAUUAUUUAUGGCAUCGCUGCGGGCAUUUAUGCGUAAAUUUAAAAAACCAUCAGAUAAAAGUAAAGUUAAAGAUAAUAAAAGUGAUCCUAAAAAAAGUAAUGAUGUGGAUCCAACAACAAAUAUCAUUAAUCAUCUUUUACUAUUCAUGACUUGGUACCUCACGGCUAUAUCUGCGAUACCAACAACUCUUGUAUGGGCCAAAGACUUCAGUUACGAAACUCAUCUGGCGACAGAAGAUACUUCAAUGUUUAUCAGUUGGAUUGUUUUAACCGGAUGGGGCUCUCUAGGUCUUGUAAAAAUAUCACCACCUUCAUCUGGAGAUAAUAAAUUUCGUUUGAAAACGAUAGCGAUGUUUCAACGAAUCGUUGGUUGGAUAUUACUCUGGAUUGCACAAUCGAAAAAUAUCUCCGAUUAUCAAUGGAUGAUUCCUCCAAUCGUAGCUAUUUCUAUUACUCGUAUUGUAUUGACUCCUUUUUUUGUCAAAAGAACUCAGUCCUGA